AGAAAUCCCUUUAACUUGCUGUCUCUUUUUCUUUCUGUUCAUGUCCUUGCUUCCUGCUUUCUCUCCAUUCAACAAAACCAAACUUCAAACUCAGUUAGUCUAUUGAACCAAAUCAGACCCUCACAAAACCAUAUGCUCAUCAAAACCACACUCUAUCUCAUCUAUUCACUUCAUAUGACUGACUUUCAACUUCACACAAAGUAUUAUAACAUGGUUUUGUUUGACUCAACAGUCUGAUUAUCAAGACAUUUUAGGUGUCUGCGACCACAUUGUGAUCACAACUGUGACUGCAUUAAUAUAUCCACAACCUUUUUUUUUUUCACAAUAUCAAGGUGAGUUUGUGCAGCCCUUGAAGUUAUAAGGCUUUUAUGGUUUUGAUGGAGUACUUGAAGGAGGUGGAAGGAAAAAGGGUCCAUGAUUAUGUUGAGGUAAAGAUGGGUAAAAUGAGAAGAGUAGUAGGUGUGGUAGGAGCAGUGAUAGUGGGUGCUGGACCCUCAGGGCUUGCUGCAGCAGCAUGUCUUAAACAGAAAGGCAUUCCAAGCCUAAUCCUUGAAAGGGCUGAUUGCAUAGCUUCAAUGUGGGAGUUCAAGACUUAUGACCGCCUAUGCCUUCAUCUCCCUAAGCAAUUCUGCCAACUCCCUCUAAUGCCAUUCCCCCAACACCUUCCCUCUUAUCCAACAAAGCAACAAUUCUUGGCCUACUUGAAGGCCUAUGCCAACCAUUUUCACAUCAAACCAACUUUUAGCAGAACAGUGGUCAGUGCCAAUUAUGAUCACAGAUGUGGCUGUUGGAGGGUGAAGACUCAAGACUUCAAAAAGGAGGAGACAGAAUAUGUUUGUGACUGGCUCAUAGUAGCUACUGGAGAGAAUGCUGAAGAGUUUGUGCCACAAAUCCAAGGAAUGGGUGAGUUUGAAGGGCCUAUCUUACACACUAGCUCAUAUAAAAGUGGCAGUAUUUUCUGUGGUAAGAAGGUUUUAGUAGUUGGAUGUGGAAAUUCUGGGAUGGAAGUUUGCUUAGAUCUCUGCAACCACAAUGCUCUCCCGUCCCUUGUGGUUAGAGACACGGUGCAUAUCUUACCUCAGCAAAUGUUCGGGAAAUCAACUUUUGGUUUGUCUAUGUGCUUGCUUAAGUGGUUCCCUGUACGCCUCGUUGAUAAAUUUUUACUUCUAAUGUCACAUCUCAUUCUUGGGGACACAGCUCAAUUUGGACUUCAUCGUCCCAAAAUUGGCCCUCUCGAGCUCAAGAACUUGUACGGCAAGACCCCAGUUUUGGAUGUUGGCACACUUGCUCACAUAAAAAGCGGAAAAAUUAAGGUUUGCCGCGGGAUUAAACAACUAGCACAACACAAGGUGGAGUUUGUGGAUGGAAAAACAGAGAAUUUCGAUGCAAUCAUUAUGGCGACUGGUUACAAGAGCAAUGUACCCACUUGGUUGAAGGGGAGUGAGAUGUUUUGUGAGAAGGAUGGAUUGCCUCGGAAAGCUUUCCCAAAUGGAUGGAAAGGUGAAAAUGGACUGUAUGCGGUGGGUUUCAGUAAUCGUGGUCUUCUUGGUGCAUCUAUUGAUGCAAAGAGGAUUGCAGAAGAUAUUGAACAUUGCUGGAAAGCUGCUAAGACCACGUAAGUGUGGUGUACGAGUUGAUGCACUUCAGGCUAUACAACAAAGCAAAAUCUUGUGUUCUUGGAUGCACCAUCCAGAAUUCCCCUUUCAAGAGAAAAUCAGUAGGAUUUUUGUAUAGUAAUAAGAGAUUCCGAUAAUAUGCACCAGUUUAUAGAUUCUAACCUAGUUGCAGUAAUUGUUUACAAGAGAUAUAAUUAAGGAAGUUUUAAAGUAUAAUCAAUCCAUUUACGGAGGGUAUCAAUACAAGUUUAU